AUGUUUUAAAUGAAUAAAAUUUAGUUAAAAUAAAUAUAAUCCUUUUAUUUUCUUUAAAUAUUAGAAUUUAGAGUUCAAAAGUUUUAUUAAGAUUUUUAAAUUAGCAAACACAUAAUUUUCAAAGGCGCUUAUAAAUAAAAUCCUACCUAACUUAUUUAUUAUCUUAAAUGUUGUAGAAUCAGCUAGAGUGUCUCUUAAUUAUUUAAUCUCAAUUAUUUUUUUUCUAUUUUAAUCAAAAAAAAAUAUGACCUUAAUACAUCCAUAAAUCGAUAAGAGUACCCUAACGAGUAUCAAGGUUUAUUGUUAAUUGCGGAUUUUAUUUUGUAUAGAGAGAUAAAUAGUGAUACAUAUAAUUAUUUAUCUUCCUUAUAAAAAUUAAAAUAAUAUUAAAUAAAUUUAUAAAAUAGUAUUUAAAAUAUUUUUAUACAAUUUGUAUUUAGUUUAUUAUAAAUUAAAUAAAUUUUAAAAUUUUACUUUUUUGAAAACUUUAUUUUAAAUAGACAAUUUAUUUUAUUUUUAAAUUUAAACAUAAUUUUAGACUUUUUCUAUUAUUCUAAAUCUAUUUAAAUUAGAAAUAAAAAGUAUAUUUUUAAAUUGAUUUUCUGA